AUGCACACAGCCAUCGUCCUCGGAGUGUACAUCUACGGAAUCGAAAAGCACCACUACGACCACGCCGUCCAUGAGUACCACGAGAACGGCGAGCAGCCUCCCGAGCGCACGUUCUACGAGUACAACAACAUCCGCAGGAAGGCCUUCCCCUGGGGAGACGGCAGCAAGAGCUUCUUCCACAACCCCAUGAUCAACUACGAGAAGGCUCCUUAA